AUGUCUAAGAUGUCAAAUUCCCGUAGAACACACCUGAAGAGCUUGAUGCUCCAGGUGGCAAAAACCGCUCUAGAGAAGGAAGAAGUUGACAUCGCUGCUGAGAAACAAAGUUACCUGUCUGAACACUGCCCCCCUCUGAGCGUCCCACAUUCCUUGCAGGAUCUGCAGGAAUUCUGCAAGAAGUUACAUGCCAAGAUUGAUGUGGUUGAUGAGGAGAGGUACGACAUGGAGGUCAAAGUCCAGAAGAGCUCCAAAGAGCUGGAAGACUUAAACCAGAAAAUCUUUGACCUUAGAGGUAAAUUCAAGAGGCCGGCACUCAAGCGUGUGCGUAUGUCUGCUGACGCUAUGCUCCGUGCCUUGCUGGGUUCCAAACACAAGGUCAACAUGGAGCUCCGUGCCAACCUCAAGCAGGUCAAGAAAGAGGACACUGACAAGGAGAAGGAUCUCCGUGAUGUUGGUGACUGGCGUAAGAACAUUGAAGAGAAAUCCGGCAUGGAAGGCAGAAAGAAGAUGUUCGAGUCUGAGGCUUAA